AACGUGUGUGUGUGUGUGUGUAGGGUGACAUGGAGUCUAAUGGGAAGUACAUCACCAAAGAUGGCGCCCGUGUCGACUACCACACCGGGCCCAUCGUGUGGGGAGAGCCGGGGACCAACGGACAGCACGCCUUCUACCAGCUGAUUCACCAAGGAACUCGUCUGAUUCCCGCUGACUUCCUCAUGCCUGCUCAGUCUCAGCAUCCAAUCAGAGACAACCUGCACCACAAGGUGACGCCCCCUCUGCAUGUCACUCAAAUUCUAUAAGCUUUAUUGACAUUACAGAGGUGUUUCUCA